AUGAUAAAGAAAAGGCUGUAUUUUACCGUGGAUGAGAAUCAAGGAAAUGCAGCAAACAAUGCUACUAAUGUUAAUAAUAUCCCAAAUAUUGCUGAGGUUCCAAUGGAGCGAGGAGCAAGGACGCUUAGAGAUUAUGUACUUUCUAUUGUCACAGGAGUGCAUUCAGGCAUCAGACACCCCACUAUUGCUGCAAAUAAUUUCAAGAUUAAGCCAGCUAUAUUACAAAUGGUGCAAUCUAUUGUUCAGUUUGGGGGGUUGCCCACAGAAGAUCCUAAUUUGCAAAUAGCCAUUGUCCUGGAGCUAUGUGCAACAUUUAAGAUCAAUGGGGUGAGUGAAGAUGCGAUUAGACUUAGAUUUUUCCCAUUCUCUCUACGCGGUACUACUCGCGCUAUCAUAGAUGCAGCAUCGGAAGGAGUGUUUAUGAGAAAGAGUGCCAACGAAGCUUAUGAUAUUCUAGAGGAGAUGGCCAUGAACAAUUACCAGUGGCCUAUUGAGAGGGAAAAUACAAAGAAGGUGGCUGGGAUGAUUGAAUUAGAUGCCAUCUCAAUGCUUACAGCUCAAGUGGCAUCCUUGACGAAACAACUAUAA